GACAUACACAUAAUAAAACCAAAGUCUAACUCUUGAAGACAGACACAGAAAUGGGUGCUUCACAAUCAAUUUCAGAAAAUUCUAUUCAUGAAUUCAAAGUAAAGGAUGCUAGGGGCAAAGAAGUGAACCUUGGAAGCUAUAGGGGGAAGGUUCUUUUAGUAAUUAACGUUGCAUCAAAAUGUAACUUUGCUGAAGCGAAUUACACUCAGUUAACUCAGCUUUACUCGCGAUACAAGGACAUGGGUCUUGAGAUAUUGGCAUUUCCAUGCAACCAAUUUUUGAGGAAAGAACCAGGAACUAGUCAGGAGGCUGAAGAUUUUGCAUGUAACACAUACAAAGCUGAGUAUCCCAUUCUGGGAAAGAUACGUGUGAAUGGACAAGAUGCAGCACCUGUAUAUAAAUACUUGAAAGCACAAAAAUGUGGAAGUUUGGGAUCAAGGAGAAUAAAGUGGAAUUUCACUAAGUUUUUAGUUGAUGAGAAAGGCCAUGUGAUCCAGCGAUAUAGUCCAACAACACAACCAUUGGCCAUCGAGAAUGAUAUCAAGAAGGCAUUGAAAGUGGCUUAAGAGAAUGUACAAGUAUUUCAAAGUAUAUUGCUUGUGUUGAAGAUAUAUGAAUUUUUGUAUUAAUUGCAUAUAUUCACGUCUAAAGUUUGAUAUUAUUUGAUUGUAUGAAUAUUUUUCUUUGUAUGUUAAAGAUGAUUCCACUAGGGAAUUGAAAUCCAUUCAAUUUGUUUUUUUGUCAACUAAAAAUCAACGUGGCUUGCGGUGGUGUAAUGAUUUACAAGUUGACUAAUGUGAAAAAUAAAACGUGUUUGCUCA